AUGGAUCCUCUCACAGCCUUCGGCCUGAUCGCGAACAUUGUCCCCUUCAUCGAAAUCGCCGCCAAAGUCCUGAAAACCGCCAAAGGAAUCCACGAUUCCGAGUCUGGUGGACUGAACGACAACAUCAACUUGGAGAAGUAUGCAACACGGCUGAAGCAGCACUAUUCCAACCUCGGCGCUCCCGAUUCCUCCGAUCUCAUUGGGGACGACAAGGAACUUUGUAUUCUGGCUGCAGAGUGCCAGGAGCUGGCUGAUAACCUGUUGGAUGUUCUUAAGGAAAUCAAGCCCGUAGACCGGACUUCCAAGUGGCAGUCUGUAAAGUCUGCGGCGAAGAAUUUCUGGCGCGCAACAGAUAAGGAGAUGUUGGAAAAGAGACUCGAGUUAUAUAGACGCCAGUUUGAAGCUCAGCUCAGCCAAAGACGCAGGUAA